UCUAUCUCUCCCUCUCUUCUCUUUCCUAUCACUCUCUCCCAGUGUUUGGUUUUUCAGUCACUGUCUUAUCCAUAGAUAUAACUAAUAGUAAAAAUACUAUUAAUUUUUUUUGUCUCAUUUUUGUGUUGUUUUUUUUCUUCUCUCGCUUUCGGUUUUCUGGCCAUAAAUGAGCGGAUGUUUUGCUGCUCUCGUGAUAAUCGGUUUUCUUCAUCAAUGAGUUUAUGAUUUUGUGAUGAAAAUCAAGUGAACGAAGCGUUCAAUUGAAUGCAUAACUCAUGUCAUGUUUCAGUAGUAUUGAAGCCUUCAAUCACUUCACAAACUUUUCACUCAUGUAUUCAAUGAUAUUGUUUUGAAACAUAAAAUAAACUGAUAUUUCAUUUUCACAAUCGAUUCCUUAAUUUUAUUCUUCUUCUCUUCCUCUGCCAUCAAAACCGAGUCUUUUGUUUUGUUUUUGUCGUUAGAUUUGCUUUUUUGUUGUUAUAUAUAAUGUCCUCUUCUUUAGUCUACUAUGAGAUCCUAUUUAUACUUAUUUUCGUACUUUUGAACAACAAUUUUGCAUUCAAUCAAUACUUUGCAAUGCAUUCACAUAACGAUCGCAUCCGAAGGGCAGCCACUGCUAGGGCUGAACGGCUCUGGGAUUAUGGGGUCAUUCCCUACGAGAUUGAGGCCAACUUCAGCGGCGAUCACAGGGCGCUCUUCAAGCAGGCUAUGCGCCACUGGGAGAACCACACGUGUGUCAAGUUUGUCGAAAGGAGCCUAGAUCAUCCCAACUAUAUCGUUUUCACCGAACGACCAUGCGGGUGCUGUUCAUUUGUGGGAAAGCGCGGUAACGGUCCUCAGGCCAUAUCGAUCGGCAAAAACUGUGAUAAAUUCGGAAUUGUUGUCCACGAGUUGGGACAUGUGGUGGGCUUCUGGCACGAACACACCCGACCCGACAGGGAUGACAACGUCCAGAUCGUCACCAAAAAUAUCAUGUCUGGUCAAGAAUACAACUUCAAUAAACUGACUGAAGAAGAGGUGAACUCAUUGGGUCUGAACUACGACUUCGACAGUAUUAUGCAUUACGCGAGGAAUACAUUCUCGAAGAGCACUUAUUUGGACACAAUUUUGCCACAACACGACCCGACGCUUAACGUGCGGCCAGAGAUCGGUCAGAGAGUACGGCUUAGCAAAGGAGACAUCGCGCAGACAAAGAUGCUAUACAGGUGUCCGAGUGAGUGA